UGAGUGCAGACCUGGGUUGGCUGAAAAAUAAAAUAUACUGCAUCAAACUAUCAUGAGCUCUAGUGUCUUUUUUCACAUUUUUGAUAUUUUUUCUGUUGAAUGUUGGUGGAAGAGUUAGGAGCCUUACUCUGCCCCAUUAAUAAAUACAUUUUCACAGCACUAUACAGUAUUUAAAGGUUUAAGAUUUAAAUGUCUUAGUCAGAAAUCUACACUAUUCAUUACUGUGUCUUUUCAUAUGGAUAUAUACACAGCUCAAGAACAGGUCUAGUUUCAGUGGUAGCAUAGCUGCAUAAACCACAUAUUGAAUGGGUGACUUCCUCUGAACUUCAAACUUUAGAAUCAACUGAAACCAGUGAGAUUCUCACACUUCACAUGUCCUGUGCCACAGAGCUGAGCUCAGAAAUAAUCCACAUCCUUUCAUGCAAUGGAGGAAAUUUAUGUCAAUGAAUGCUAUGUCAAACCUGCCAACAAGCCAUCUAUAAAAAAAACCACAGCUCCAAGAAGCUACAAGAGAAGCUUUUAUUUAGUUGUUAUUCUCUCGUUGGGGCUGCUGGCUGGACUUCUCACUCUUGCUUUCUACUACAAAAACUCCUCACAAUAUUCAGCUGAAUAUCUCUCAAUGAAUAACAAACUUUCCUCAAUAACCGAGGAGAGAGACCUUCUAAAUGCAACUGUCUCUGUAGUGAGUAACCAACUUUCUUCUAUGACUGAGGAGAGAGACCUGCUGAAGGCCAACCUCACUGAAAUGACCAAAGAGCUGGAGAGACUGCAGAGUUUAUUCAACCAGAAGAAAACCUGUCCUACAGGAUGGAGAAAGUUCAGUUGUAGCUGUUAUCUCCUGUCUGAAAACUCUGGUUCCUGGCAAUCAGCUAGAAAACACUGCACAGACCAAGGAGCAGAUUUGGUGGUGAUAGACAGCCCUGAAGAACAGAACUUCAUCGCUUCAUUCACCCAGAAAGAGACUUGGAUUGGUUUAAGUGACAUAGAACAAGAGGGCACGUGGAAAUGGGUAGACGGAACGCCUCUGACUCUGCAAUACUGGGCAUCUCUUCAGCCUGACAACCUGUUGUUUAGAGAGGACUGUGCUCAUAUCAGAUAUCAAGAAACUUCCUGGAAUGAUGAAAGAUGUGAAAAUUCUCUCCAAUGGGUCUGUGAAAAACUACUGUAACAGCUGAAUUUGUUUGAAAAUUAGAUUUGUACAUAUUUUUCAAAUUAGGCUAUGAUUGUUAUUUCAUUAGCAUUUUUAUAUAUCCUUUUCUGAAUAAGUAUUAAGAUUUAGUGAAAAACAACCCUUGAAAUAUAACUAUGCCUAUAGUAACGAGUAACUGACCCAUUUUAUUUGGAUAACACUUCUAUAAACAUACAGUCGCAGCACAAAGUUUUACUUUAGAGAAUCAAAUGCAGCCCCUUAUUAGGAAGAAGAUAAAGACUGUAGUACCUGUCAUAAAAAAAACAAAACAGAAAACGACUAUGGCCUGCUUCAGUGUGCUCAAUGUGGUUUCAGUCAAUAAUUACCGUCACUGGGGAAAUGGUGUCACCAUGUUUUGAAUAAUUCUGUGGUAUUUUUAUUGAUAAUGUUGGUUUGUUGCAUGAGUUCUGUUUAGAUUCUUUCAGUGGUUGUAACAGUGUUUUGGCAUCUCAAAGAUUAGACCUAAGAGCUUUAUCUAGGGAGGACUGUUAAAAUUGUUACAUUUCAGUCUGCAACAUUUGGGCAUAUCGAGUAAUUUGCCAUACAAUAUUAGAGUGUUUUUAGUUUGAAACAUAGCUAAAAUGUGCAGACAUGAAACAGCACACAGUGGAUUGUACUGGUUGAAAUUUGCACUGCAUUUGCAUUUCAUAUUGCAAAUGUGCUCACUUGCUAUUGUGACUGCUGAAAGCAUUUAAACUAAUGUUAUCUUCACUUUAUUGUUAUUAUUCUAGUAGAAAAACUGAGAUUAUUUUCUCUUGCUGUGUGUGUGUUUGUGUGUGUGUGUGUG